AUGGCUCAAACCUCAAAUUCUAACGAUCAAAACAUUAAGGAGGCUAAUGCCAUCACAACUAGAAGUGGUAAAGCUUUGGAAGAUCCAUCAAUACCAACUACUACUUCAAAAUCUCCGAAUGUUGUCUCUGAAAGUUUGCCAUCCAAUGCUUUUGCAAAAGUUCCAUUUCCCCAGGCUCUAAGACCUGCUGGAAAAAUUCCUGAAAAUCGAGGAGAAAUCCUUGAGCACUUGACACAAGUGAAGAUAAAUCUUCAUUUGCUUCACUUCAUCAAACAAGUGCCAGCCUAUGCUAAAAUCAUCAAGGAUCUUUGCACUGUAAAAAGGAAGCAUCAUGUCAAGAAGAGUGCUUUCUUGACUGAGCAAGGUAGUGCGGUAAUUGAACAAAAGACACCGCCAAAAUACAAAGAUCCUAGUUGUCCCACCAUUUCCUGUCAUAUUGGGAUUCAUGAAUUCAGCCAAGCCUUGCUAGACUUAGGAGCGAGUGUCAAUCUCAUGCCUUAUUAUGUCUACUCGCAACUUGUUCUUGGUGAAAUCAAGCCUACUUCUGUAGUCUUACAACUGGCUAGUCAUUCUAUUAAGAAGCCUCGGGGUAUUUUUGAGGAUGUUCUUGUUCAAGUUGACAAAUUCUAUUACCCCGUUGAGUUUCUCAUUAUGGAUACUCAAUAUGUGGUUAACAUGGAGUCAAAAUUCCCUAUCAUACUUGGAAGACCUUUCCUUGCUACAGCUAAUGCCCUUAUUAACUGCAAGAAUGGUCUCAUGAAAAUAUCUUUUGGGAAUAUGACUCUCGAGACAUUUCUGAUUGACACGCUCAUUCCUGAAGAGAUUCAAUUGCAAAGAAAUUACGAUGAUCUUGAUGAACUCCUCUCUUUUUCUGAAAGUUCUGGUUUUGAUGAGUCAAUUAAAGAAAUUUCUUGUUACAAAGACUCACAAAAUGAAAGAACAAAGUUUUGGCAACCUCGCUUUAAAGAGCUACCUAGUGAAAGGGAAAAGCCAAAUCCUUCUGCUGAAGAGGUUCCCAUUGUUAAGUUAGCCCAACUACCUGAGGGUUUAAAAUGUGUCUUCUUGGGAGAUGGUGAUACAUUUCCUAUUAUCAUUUCGUCCAAACUUGAUCCUUCACAAGAAAUUAAGCUAAUUAAGCUACUGCAAAAGCUUAAAUCUUCAUUAGGUUGGACGAUUGCUGAUAUUAAAGGUAUUAGCCCUUUAAUUUUCUCCCAUCGAAUCAAUCUAGAGGAUGGGGCAAUCCCUCGAAGAGAUCCUCAAAGAAGACUGAACCCCACAACGAAAGAAGUUGUGAAAAAUGAAGUGCUGAAACUUCUGGAAGCUGACAUCAUUUAUCCAGUGGCUGGUAGCAAAUGGGUUAGUCCAACUCAGGUAGUGCCCAAAAAUUCGGGUGUAACUAUUGUUGAAAAUGAGAAAGGGGCCCUUGUCUCCACAAGAAGUGUGACGGGUUGGCACAUGUGCAUUGACUAUCGAAAGUUGAAUUCUGCCACACGAGUUGCUUUGGGACAACAAAGGGAGGGGAAACCUUUUGUUGUCUACUAUGAAAGGCGAACUCUUAAUAGUGCUCAAAUUAACUAUUCCACUACUGAAAAAGAGUUGCUUGCAGUUGUCUUUGCACUUGACAAAUUCUGA